CCAUUCCUUAGGAAGGCCUCUGAAUAAUUCGAUCGUCUGGUAACGACAGAUGGUUCGUUUUCUGACGUCCUGAAAUAGGGAUAAAGAUUUAUUUCCAACAACUAUAAGUUAAAUGACGCAUGCAAAUUUACAGACAUGCCCAAAUGGUUAGAAAUGUUGCGUCAUUUAUGAUGUCAAGCGUUUGUCCAUUUUCUUCGACGUGUAAUAUCAAAACUUCUAAUGAGAAGUCAGGAUAACAAAAUAGACAGUUGUUGGAUUAAAACUGAAUUUUACAGUGUAGAAGAUGGAGCGCCAUAUGGAUGCUUCACAACAAUAGACUGUUGGUAGUAUGUGCUGCAGACGUCAUGAAGUUUACAAAACGCAGAAUUUCGCGCAUGUUUUCAUGUUACCUAACACUAGUAUUCGGUUAGCUGCUAUAACAGCCUUUAUUGAUGCAAGAAUUUCUAUUGGAAAUACGAAAUGAUAAGUACUUUGGAGUCACUUCCCGGAAACGUAAUUUGGGUUUUGCAUUAUGAUGAUGUACUUGACGUUUACUGAUGCGACAAUCUGAGGAUUGUUUUCUUCCAUUAUGAUCAUUCGCAUCAAAUUGACCUUUCCUUCCGUCUAGGACUGUUCAUUUGAGAGGACAUACGAAAAAAGUUCAAAAAACCGAGAUCAAAUCACUUACGUCUGGAAUUUCGUUUCUCGCACCGAGUAGUGAAGUACUGGAAUUCUGUACCAGGACACGUAAUAUCAACACCUUCUGUUGAUACAUUUAGGUGCUUUGUAUUAUUGUUGUUUACAUCUAGUGAACCAAGAGUAUCGUUUGCAGCGCUAGCUUGAGUUCACUGCCAGCUUAUGUAGUGUACUAUAAUCAUCUAGAAGUCUAUUUAACUCAUGAAUAAAACGGCUUAUUGUCUAUUUCUGAUACAAAUCAGCUGAUAGCACAUUCCAGAUGACAGAAAAUGUAUUUAGAAAGAAUUCUUGUCCAACAGUAUAUCUACAAUCUUUCAUUCGACCAACCCGGUGAGGUGUCUUAGUUCAUAAUUGAGAAAAUCAGUGAAACCAAACAAUUAAUCGGCAAAAUACGGUGUCUGGUGUAAAACUUACUAACUAAGCCCUGUUACAUUUCGUGGAGGACCAUAGACCGCCCAACAACGUCCCCCACUGAAUAAUGUCCUGGGUAAUCCUUUCCAGUUGGUCCCAGUUACUAUUCGUCCCUUUUACAUCUGCUUUCGAUUCUCAACGUAUUCUGUUCCCUGACCUUCCUCUUUCCUGUAUCGUUUCAGGGUUUCAAGCUAGAGCUUGCCUUGUGAUGCAGUUUGGUAAUUUCCGUAAUGCAUGACCUAUCCACCUCGAACGUGUUUCCCUAACUUCCUCUUCAGGAAUUCAUUACCUCAGGAGGUGAUUGAGGCUCCAUCCAUCGACUCUUUCAAAAGAAAGUUGGAUCAACUGAGAGACCAUCAUUGCCAGGACUAACACAGGCCAUCAAGACUACUGUCCUUUCCAAACUGAAACAUUCGUUUUUCUUACUGAGUAGUGAAUUACUGGAAUCAUCUACAACACCACGUAUCAUCAUCACCUCCUGUUGAUACAAUUGAAUUGAUAUUAGACCCCCACAGUGUUAUAAAUUGUAGGGAUAAUUAUGGGCUGACAGACCUCCUAUCUUUAAUACUGAAGACUAAGACGAUUGCUACGUGUUUUCCAUAGAGCACAUUUCGGAAUUUAUUGUCAAUCAAAUUAAAAAACGAGAGCUCUUAGGUAACACACCCAUUAUAAACGUUAAAAAAGUUGACUGACAUGCUUUUCGUUCCUCAGAUGUUCAGAACUGAAUCUUGUUUAUUUCUGUCAGUUGUUAAGGUCACGUUCCGUCCACCACCAACAAAUACCUGACAUGCCGUGCUACAACUUCAAGAGUAUCACGGUAGUACCGUCAUCCAAAGACUUUAUUGACAUCGUCUUGUCGAAAACUCAAAGGAAAACCCCGACUGUUAUUCAUCCGCAAUAUGCAAUCGGACGUAUUAGACAUUUUUAUAUGCGUAAAGUCAAAACGUGUCAGCAGUUUUACCAUGAUAAACUUCAAACAAUUCUCACAGAAUUCCCUAAAGUGGAGAAUAUACAUCCAUUCUAUGCAGAUCUCAUAAACGUUUUAUAUUCCAAAGAUCACUACAAACUUGCAUUAAGUCAGCUUAAUACUGCCAAGAAUUUGAUUGAUGGCAUCGGUCGAGAUCAGGUGAAGAUAUUAAAGUAUGCAGAAUCCCUAUAUCAAUGUAAAACACUCAAGCGAGCUGCUCUAGGAAGAAUGUGUACAGUAAUCAAGAGACAAGCAGAUAACUUGAAAUUCUUGGAAGAUACACGACAACACAUGUCUAGGUUACCAAGCAUUGAUCCGGAUACUCGCACUAUCAUCCUAUGUGGUUUCCCGAAUGUUGGAAAGUCGAGCUUUAUAAAUAAGAUAACUCGAGCUGAUGUAGAUGUUCAACCGUUUCCGUUUACAACUAAAUCUUUAUUUGUUGGACACACGGAUUAUAAAAAUUUACGAUGGCAAGUAAUUGAUACACCUGGUGUAUUAAAUAGACCCUUGGACGAACAUAAUACGAUUGAAAUGCUGUCCAUUACAGCACUUGCACAUCUACAGGCUGCUGUAAUAUAUAUUAUGGAUUUGUCUGAACAAUGUGGAUAUACUAUACAACAACAAUUAACGCUAUUCCAAAACUUGAGACCUCUUUUUCGUAACAAACCUCUUGUAAUAGCUGCUAAUAAAGUUGAUAUCAAACCAUUUGAAGCACUAUCUGAGGAAGAUAAACAACAAAUUAAUAGUAUUGUCCAGUGGCAUACUGAUAGACAGAUCAGAGAUCCGGAUCGACCAAUCUUUGUAGAAAUGUCCACUGUCACUGAAGUUGGUUUAGUAACUGUUCGUUCAGUUGCAUGUGAUGACUUGUUAGCUCAACGUGUACAAGCAAAAAUUCGAGCUGCCGCUCUGCCAGGCAGUAAUGUUGAUAUCUCUAAUCGAUUGUAUAUAGCUAAACCGAAACCAGACGGAAACAAGACAGACGCACCAUCUCGUCCACCGAUAAUCCCCGACGGUGUUCUAGAUAAACAAAGGAGACGUAUGCUAAAACGUCUUCGUAUUGCUAAUUCACUCCAACCUAGCUCGCAACUUGAAGACGAAGAUGAAGACUCAUCGAAACGUUGUCGAACGGUGCGUGAUCGUGAACCAGAAGCUGAUCCUGAUGAAGGCUUCAUAUUGAAUUUAAGAGAGCAUUGGCGUAUAAAAUGUCCUGAAGAGGCAAAUGAUAUAAUCCCUGAGAUUUUGAAUGGACAUAACUUGAUCGACCUAUUCGAUCCUGAAAUUGAGGAGAAACUAAAUGCAUUGGAAGAACAAGAGGCUGCUUUCGAAAAUGCUGGGUUUUACGAUGAAUCUGAACUACUGAAACAGGAAAAUGACCCAGAAAUGAAAAAAAUCAGAGAAACCGCAGCGAAGAUAAGAGAGGCACGAGCAUUGCGUGUUUUGGAAUCACGAGCUCGUAAGCAAGUACGUAGACCUCAAGUACCUCGAAGCGCCCGUUCAGUCAGUGUACAUAAAAUACAUCAAGAGCUGGGUGAGCUUGGUUUAGAAGUGGAUAUGCAUGAGCAAGGCGAACGUGGUCGUUCACUAAAGAGAGCUGCUAGAGCACGGAACUCAGCACCAAAUCUGCACCGUGAGGCUUCAAUUGCACGUGCAUCUGUAUCGCGAUCUAGAUCUGGUUUACGUGAUGAAAAAAUGCAUGAUACCGUUAAACGCAUGACCAAAAUUGCUCAACGUAAGGUGGUAACAUUAGCACGGAAAGGAGAAGGAGAUCGUCAUAUUCCAACACUAAAACCAAAACAUCUGUUUUCAGGCAAACGAGGAACUGGGAAAACUGAUCGUCGUUAAUUUAUUCCUUUUGAGUGAUUUUAUAACAAUAAGAUAUUUUUUAAAAAAUCACUGGUUUGCUUUUAGAACAAUUUGUACGCAUAUGAUAAAUAUAAUAUCGUGGUUUUCAAUGCAAGGAUAAAAUUUACCGUGUUGACAAAACAAAAAUCUGAUUUCCACGCAUUUGACCUCUGUGAUCGCUUAUA